UCCACAGCCGGAAAUCAUUGCUCUAAACCGUGACAACCAUUCCCACUUGCCGCGAAAAUCAUCUGCGAUUCCGUAUCGUGUGAAGUGUGAAGAAACACCUCUUUCUGUGAGUGUCAGAUUAAAGCUACUGUUGGGUGCAGGGAUCAUUUGGCGCUGCCCAUUCAUGACCUUCGACCCCAAAGCGGGCGACCUGCGGUGACGUCAUCGGUGGGAACGCCUUGGCAUUUACAGUCCUGCGUACGAAGCAUUUUAGUUAUUUGUAAUCCUAUUGAUGUUAGCAAUUCUGAUGAAGUGUGAGAAAUGAAAGUCCUUUUGCUUAAAGAACCCAAAGAAGGAGAAUUGGGAGCUGAUCCUUAUAUUCAGGAGUUUAUUUCACAUGGCCUUCAAGCAACUUUAAUUCCUGUUUUGUCAUUUGAAUUUAUAUCACUUCAGGACUUAUCAAAGAAGCUUUCACAUCCUGAAGGUUAUGGUGGUCUGAUAUUUACCAGUCCCAGAGCUGUUGAGGCUGUGACAUUAUGUUUGGGUGAAAAGGCUGUCAGAGAAGAAUGGAAUAACAACAUUUUAAAAGACAAGUGGAAAGAAAAAUCUGUCUAUGUUGUUGGAAAAUCUACAGCCAAAUUGGUAGUCAAAGAAAUUGGCCUUGUAACACAAGGAGAGGACUCAGGAAAUGCAGAAAAUCUAGCUGAGCACAUCUGUAACAAAGAAUCUUCAAAUUCCCUGCCUCUUCUGUUUCCAUGUGGUGCUCUAAAAAGAGAGGUACUUCCCGAAUGUCUAAGAGAAAAAGGUGUUCCUUUGGAAUGUUUAACUGUCUAUAAAACAUCUCAGCAUCCUUUCUUCCAGCAAGCUUUAGAUAAUUAUUUUUCAGAACAGGGAAUCCCAGAUAUUAUCACCUUUUUCAGUCCAUCUGGUGUUAAAUUUUGUCUGAGCACCAUCAAAAAAUUGGCAGGGGCCUUCAUUGACACAAUUAAGUUUGCAGCAAUAGGACCAACAACAGCUGAUGCCAUGGCAACAGAGGGACUGACUGUGAGUUGUACCGCAGAAAAACCUACAGCUGAAGAUCUAGCAGCUAGUAUAAGAAGAGUGCUAUAAAAAAGUGCCAAGAACAUAUUAGUAAAACAUUUGAGAUAAUGGGAACUGCAGAUGCUGGAGAAUUCCAAGAUAAUAAAAUGUGAGG